GUCAAUAACUCUGGACUUUCAGGAAGUUCUCAUGGAAUAGCUGCUGCUCUGUUACAGAGAGAAAGAGCGAGCGGUAGCGUGUGAGAGAGGGGGGCUGCUCGCAGAGCUGGGAAUGGAUAUGGCCAACCUUUUCAAACACUUCUUUCGGAUCGGGAAGGUGAAGCAGAAAGGCUGUAUGCGAGAUUUGCCCUCCAGCGCGGAGAAAUACGACUCCGAUGAGCGACUGUAUGACCUCAAUCUGCCCGCGCUGGUGAAGUUCAACUACACUGCGGAGCGGGACGAUGAACUCUCCUUGGUGAAGGGCACAAAGGUCAUUGUCAUGGAGAAGUGCAGCGACGGUUGGUGGCGAGGAACCUAUAACGGCCUUUCUGGAUGGUUUCCCUCCAAUUAUGUCACAGAGGAUGUGGACGGGACAAUGAGGGGCGACUCUGUGAGCUCUCUUAAAGAUAGACUGGCCUCUGUGGGGCACAAUAACAACGGCUCUCAGGUUCUGGAGACUGUACAGGCACUUUAUCAUUUCAGCUCCGGCAAUGUCGAGGAGCUGAAUUUCAACAAGGAUGAACUUAUGGAUGUGUUGGAGAAACCUGAUAACGAUCCGGAAUGGUGGAAGUGUAGAAAGGAAAAUGGGCAGGUGGGUUUAGUGCCCAAGAACUAUGUUACAAUUGUACAGAAAACACAAAAAGAACUGGGGAUUUCAGGACCACCUACUUCAAACUAUGACAUUAAGCCUUCAAUGGACGGAACUUUUGGAGGAAAACCAUGGUACUAUGGCAAACUGACACGACAUCAGGCUGAGAUGGUAUUGAACCAGAGGGGAGUGGAUGGUGACUUCCUCAUCAGAGAUAGCGAGUCUACGCCAAACGACUUCUCCAUCUCCCUGAAGGCGGUGUACAAGAACAAGCAUUUCAAGGUGCAGCUAAAAGAUGGACUCUACUGCAUUGGUCAGCGCAAGUUCAACUCCAUGGAGGAUUUGGUGGAACAUUACAAAAAGGCUCCCAUAUUUACCAGUGAACAUGGAGAUAAACUCUACCUGAUUAAAGCAUUAACCUGAGCCUUUUAAGACCUACAGACUCUGCAACAAAUAACCCUUUUAUUCAUCUGCGACAACAUUCAAACUAUGUUGACUGUGCAUUGGGAUAGUGAGGAAACUCCUUUGAUUAAAUGUUUAAAUGGAAAUGUUAAUGUAUUUACAAUUACAUGCAGUAAAGAUGUGUUUCAGCUUCAGCAUUGCUCCGAUUUUUGACAAAUUUAAAUGCAAACUCUAGUAUCAGGAUAAUAAGCUAUUUUUGUAAUUGUACCAGCUGUUCCAGUCCAGCAGUCCAAAAAUCAUUUCCUCACUUUCCCAUGGCAUGUACUUUACAUUCAUACUGUUAUUGUGAUCAUUCAGUUUUGAAGUGGUAAAGGUGUUAAGAGAAUGCAUAAUUCAAAAUGAAAUAUCACUGCAGUUUCUACCUAUACAUUUAAUUAGCCCCUUUCAUGACUUCUUGCUAUGUUGUUCUUUUGCCAGUGCCAAAACUUUAUUUUCAGUCUGAAAUGAACUUUUACAGAGACUAUAUUUCUAUUUCUAUAUCCCUGUCAGAGCUGAACUCUUUUUGUUAAUUUUCUUUCUUAACUUGCCUACUAAUGUGUAAUUGUAACAACUUGUGUACUGUGAAUGUUGUUUCUUUCCACAGUGAAUGUUUUCUUUUAAUUAACAAUUCUUGAUAAGCGUAACUUUUAAUAAUAAAUAAAGUAUUAUACAUGCCACUUUGUCUUUUUAUUAAAUGCAUUUGGAGAUACUCUAAAUCUAUAUCACACUCACACAUAUAUAUGUAUAUAUUUUUCACACUGAGGACAACUGAGGGACUCAUAUGUAAGUUUUACAGAAGGUUCAAAUGCUCACUAAUGCUCUAGAAGAACGAUGCAUUAGGGGGUGUAAACUUUUGAUAAAAAUAAAAGUACAUUUUUCUUAUUUUGCCUAAAUAUCAUAUUUAUUUAAUUUAGUACUGCCCUUCAGAAGAUACAGAUGUUUCCCAGAAGACAAAAUAAGUUACCCUGAUCUUCAAAUUCAAAACCUUUCACCCCUAAUGCAUUGAGUUUCCUCCUGAAGCAUCAGUGAGUGUUUGAACCUCCUGUAAUAGUUGCAUGUGAGUGCCGAAGUUGUCCUCAAUGUGAAAAAAUGGAUCUCAGAAUCAUAGUCAUUGUUGGAAAAGGUUGAAAUCCAAAAUGCAUUGCCCAUGGCCUCAAUAACAUAAUGCUAGAACUGGGCUUAAGUACUGAAUUUGCCCAAGUGUAACUUUUAAUAAUAAAUAAUAAAAUAAAUAAUAAAGUAUUAUA